AUGUCAAGCUCUCCAUCCAGGGAACCAGAGGAAGUUCAGCUUGAACUGCAACCAUCAGGUGAUGGAACCACCACGCAUGCCAAACAAAACCUCCAAAUGGCUGACCUGGAAGGAUGCUGUCCUGACUUAAAGGACAGCAACAACAAGAUGAUUGCUAUAUGUAUUGGCGUAUUGUUUAUCAUUGGUCUGAUGUUACUUAUUAUCAUUCUACCUCUCAGCUUCAGUUAUCUUGACUAUUAUGAGUUUGGUGUUGUUCGCAACAAGAUUACCGCAUCUGUUAAUUUGGAUAAAGUCUAUGACAGUGGACGCUAUGUUAUUGGGCCAUCACAUGAAUUUAAAACCUUCCAGGCUGAUGCUCAUUUUCAGUCUGUCAAUAACAUCAGAGUCUUCACAUCUGACAAACUUGAAGUUGGCCUUUCUGCCUGGUACCAAUAUUUUCUGGUUCAAAAUGAGCUGCCAUAUUUGCAUAAGAAAUAUGAUAUUUAUUACCAUGACAAAGUGAAAAGAAAAGGCAAUGAUGCUAUAAAGAAUGUCGUAACCAGAUUCACUACACGUGAUGUUGUUAAGCAACGCUUAUUGCUUGAGACAGAAUUAUAUCAGAAUUUAAAAAACGUCCUUGGUGGGGAUUGCUGUGAAGCCUACUGUGAAAGGGACCAAAAUGCGACUGGUUGUGUGUCUUGCAAGCCAAGAAACAACUGCACUAUUGAAAAUUAUGGCAUGUUUGUGGAUGUCCGCUACUUCCAGCUAGGUGCUAUCGAUAUUCCCGAUGCCUUGGAUGAAAGUUUUCUUAACGCUCUGAUAUUAAAUGCCUCAGCUGAACGAGAGGGUUUUAUUCAAGAGGCGCACAUUGUUCGCAAAGAAACGGAACAGAAGGUGAAACAGAUUGAGAAUUUGGCAGCUGAGACAUUACAGGCAGCACAGUCUGAUUCAAGAGUUAUCUCAGAUACUGCUAAGGCAAAUGCCAAUCUUCUUGACUUUCUUUUAGUCUCUCUGAAAUUAUUGUACAGUCACCCCAACCCCAGUCUAUCUACUUAG